GCCUUAGAAGAUGCUUACCUUAACGAGAAGCCCCUGAUGAAAGAGGUGCUGAACUACAUGGACAGAAUUUUUACUAUCAUCUUCAUCGUGGAGAUGGUGGUCAAGUGGUUUGCGUUUGGCUUCAAGACCUAUUUCACAGAUGCCUGGUGCUGGUUGGACUUCUGCAUUGUUAUGCUGUCCAUUGUAAUGAUGAUUGGUGAGUCCAUCCAAACGUCCAACACAGGAAACUUUGGUGCCAUGAAGUCCAUGAGAACUCUACGAGCUCUGCGUCCUUUGCGAGCUGUUAGUCGUUGGGAGGGCAUGAGGGUUGUUGUGAAUGCCCUGUUUAAAGCCAUCCCCUCCAUCUGUAAUGUGCUUCUUGUCUGCCUGGUCUUCUGGCUGAUUUUUGGAAUCAUGGGAGUGCAGCUCUUCAGUGGCAAGUUUCAUGCGUGCAGAAAUGGUACCACCAAAUUUGAUCCUGAUCAG